AUGAAUGCAGAAUUCAGAUGUCUCGUACAGCAGGCAGACCCCUGUGCUGGCAUACCGCAAUACAUCCGCAAAGACCUCAACGAGAAGGUGGAGGCUUUCUUCCUAGAGAUGGUGUCUCGCGCCUGUAAGACCUAUGACGAUCCGCUCGAUCUGUGCACUGCAAUAAGGCAGUGUCUAGACAUGAAAUUUGGGCCACAAUGGCAUGUGAUCGUGGGAGAAACCUUUGGCAGACAUCCGGACGGAAAAUGCAACGACUCCAGGCCCGAUGUGGUUGACUUUGCAAUGAGCGAGCAUAUGCUCAACGACUGCCUCUACUUAGUGUACUUAGCUUACACCGAGUAUGAUGAACCGGAGGACCUCUGCACAACCAUCAAACAGCACUUAGAUAUGAAAUAUGGAGAUACCUGGCACGUCAUUGUGGGACCCGAGUUUGGCGCGUAA